CGGCGGUGGCGGCUUGAGCCAUGGAGCCCGGGCUACAACGCGCCAGGUCGAGCACGGAGCUGCGGAAGGAGAAGUCCCGGGAUGCGGCCCGAAGCCGGCGGAGCCAGGAGACAGAGGUGCUGUAUCAGCUGGCACACACUCUGCCCUUCGCCCGCGGGGUCAGCGCCCACCUGGACAAGGCAUCCAUCAUGCGCCUCACCAUCAGCUACCUACGCAUGCACCGCCUCUGUGCUGCCGGGGAGUGGAGUGCAACGCAAGCGGGUGGGAGUCCCGAGGAGCCCCUGGACGCCUGCUACUUGAAGGCUCUCGACGGUUUUGUCAUGGUGCUGACUGCUGAGGGCGACAUGGUCUACCUGUCUGAGAAUGUCAGCAAGCACCUGGGACUCAGCCAGCUGGAGUUGAUUGGACACAGCGUCUUUGACUUUGUCCACCCAUGUGACCAGGAGGAGCUGCAGGAUGUGCUGGCCCCACGCCAUGGUCUGUCCAAGAAGAAGAAGGAGGGGACGACGACGACGUCGAUGGGGUCGUUGGCCACGGAGCGCAGCUUCUCCCUGCGGAUGAAGAGCACCCUGACUAGCAGGGGACGAACCCUCAACCUGAAGGCUGCCACCUGGAAGGUGCUGCACUGCACGGGCCACAUGCGGGCGUAUGCGGCCCCCCCGGACCCAGGGCCCGAGGGGGGGGCCCCCGGGGAGCCCCCACUGCGCUGCCUGGUGCUGAUCUGCGAGGCCAUCCCCCACCCCGGCGCCCUGGAGCCCCCGCUGGGCCGUGGGGCCUUCCUCUCCCGCCACAGCCUCGACAUGAAAUUCACCUUCUGCGACGAGAGGAUUGUGGAAGUGGCGGGGUACACACCGGACGAUCUCAUUGGCUGUUCAGCCUUUGAAUACAUCCACGCUCUUGACUCGGAUGCGGUCAGCAAGACCAUUCAUACUUUGCUGAGCAAGGGUCAGGCGGUAACAGGCCAGUACCGCUUCCUGGCCCGCAACGGGGGCUAUCUGUGGACCCAGACCCAGGCCACAGUCAUCUCCGGAGGUCGCGGAGGCCAGGCCGAGAGCAUUGUCUGCGUCCACUUCGUGCUCAGCCGAGUAGAGGAGACGGGAAUGGUGCUGUCACUGGAGCAGACGGAGCAGCAGGGCCGGCGGCCCCCCCGGCCCCCCGAGCCUGGCCCCCAUCCCGACAAGACCCCCACGGACCCCGAAGGGCUCAGCUCCGCCGCCCCCGGCCCUCGGCUGCUGGCCUUCCUGCGGCCCCCGGCCCGGAGCGAGGCAGAGCUGGCCGCCGACCCCCGCCGCUUCUGCAGCCCCGACCUGCGGCGUCUGCUGGCCCCCAUCUUGGACGGGGGGCUGGCCCACGCCCCGGCCGCGGGACCGCGGGAGCCCCCCCGGAGCCCACCCCCGGCCGACCUCCCAGAGGAGCUGUUCCUGGACCUGGAAGCCGUACACCGGCUCUUCGCCGCAGACCGGGAACUGGAGGCCGGGGCGACGGCACUGGAUGAGGCCCAGGCCCCUGAGGCGCUGGACUUGGAGAUGCUGGCUCCCUACAUCUCCAUGGACGAUGACUUCCAGCUGAGCUCCGGCGAGCAGCCCCGCCGGCCACCCCUGCGCCGGGCCGCCCCGCCCCGGCCCCGAGCCCGCAGCUUCCAUGGGGAGUCCCCCCGCCCACCGGUGCCACCCACCCUACCACGCUGGGACAGCCACCCCCGCCUCAGCCGGCCCACCAAGGAGGGGUGUGACCCAGGGGAGCCCCCCGCAGCCUGCACCGCCCCCCGACCCGGGGCCCGGAAGAGGGGGCUGCUUGCAAGUGCAGCAGAAGAUGGGGUGGGAACCACAUCCCUGGGGGCGAAGCCCCCCAAGCGGCCCCCCAGCCUAGAUCCUGACCACUUCCUGUUGCCACAACUUGGACUGAGCUACUUGCUGGUGGGGCAGCCGGCCCCUGGGACCCCGCCCAGCCCUGUCCCCCAGAUCCUGGGCCUGGAGGAGUCCGAGGCCUCAGGCUUGGAUGCGGCCGCAGAGCUGGUGGACCUGUAUGAGGACGGAGGUGCCACUCAGGGCGGGAGUCGCUUCCAACCUGGGGAGGGGCUGCUGUAGGCCACAGGGCCGGGCCGGGCCAGCUGACAUCCCCGGCCCGCUCCGCCGCCCCAACCCCGUUCAGCCACACUCCAGACCCGGGUCUCUCCAACAACGCACAGGGGUCUCGCCAACCCCACCCAAGCCGGGUCCCCGGGGCUCCGACAUCACUCCGCAGCCCCCUGACCUCACUGAUGCCCCAUCCCGCCACCACCCCCCUUCUCGGGGGCCCGGCCCUCCAUGGUGCUCUAGUUCCGCGAUUACCUCAAUUUUUAGGGUUCAUCUUUAUUAGGGGGGG